CGCCGGGGAGGCCCGGAGGGCGGAGCCGCGGCCCGAGGACGCGACGCGAGCCCAGUUCCGGCGAGGAGGCCGCGCCAGUGACAGCGAUGGCGGCGGAGUCGGCGCUCCAAGUGGUGGAGAAGCUGCAGGCGCGCCUGGCCGCCAACCCGGACCCGAAGAAGCUAUUGAAAUAUUUGAAGAAACUCUCUGCCUUGCCUAUUACAGUAGACAUUCUUGCGGAAACUGGUGUUGGGAAAACAGUAAAUAGCCUGCGAAAACACGAGCACGUUGGAAACUUUGCCAGAAACUUAGUGGCCCAGUGGAAGAAGUUGGUUCCUGUGGAACGGAACACUGAGCCUGACGAACAGGACUAUGAGAAGAGCAGUUCCCGAAAGCGCCCGAGGGACGCCCUUCAGAAGGAGGAGGAGAUGGAAGAGGACUACCCAGAAAACUGGAAAGCCUCCAGUAGCCAGUCCUAUAGUCCGGAUCACAGACAGAAAAAACACAGAAAACUCUCGGAGUUCGAGAGACCUCACAAAGUGUCUCACAGUCACGAGAGGAGAGACGAGAGAAAGAGGUGCCGCAGAGCCUCGCCAGUCUACUCUUCAGACCACGAAUCAUCUGACUAUGGCCACGUCCAGUCCCCUCCGUCGUCUGCCAGUCCUCAUCAGAUGUCCGUGGACCAUUACAGAUCCCCGGAGGAGGACCAUGAGCCCUUUGUCCCACACCAGAAGCCCGGAAAAGGCCACAGUAAUGCCUUUCAGGACAGACUAGGAGUCAGUCAAGAACGACACCUGGGCGAACCCCAGGGCAAAGGGGUCAUGAGUCAGAACAAGGAGCACAAAUCUUCCCACAGAGAAAAAUGUCCCGUGGAUGCCAGGGGAGAUGAGAAGUCGUCCCUGAGCAGAGAGAAGUCCCACAAGGCCGUCUCCAAAGAGGAGACACGGAGGCCGCCCUCCGGGGACAGCUCGAGAGAGAAGCCGCCCUCGAGUGGGGUGAGGAAGGAGAAGGAGAGGGAGGGCGGCACCAAGAAGAAGGGUCUGCCCGCCUCGGAGGCGGCUUCAGACAACCACGUGAAAAGACCAAAGCACAGAGACUCGGAGAAAACCAGAUCCGACAAAAACAAGCCCGGCGUAGACAGCUUAGACGCGGGGAAGGGGGCAGGAGACCUGUUGCCCAAGGUGAAAGAGAAGGUUUCUAACAACCUAAAGACUCAAGAGGGGAAAGUGAAAACGGCUCAUUCAGAUAGAAAGUCAGUGGGCUCCCUCCCUAAAGCUGAGGAGGCAGACGCGGAUGACGAGUUUGAGCAGCCCACCAUGUCUUUUGAGUCAUACCUCAGCUAUGACCAGCCCCGGAAGAAAAAGAAAAAGAUUGUGAAAACUUCAGCCACGGCUCUUGGAGAAAAAGGACUUAAAAAAAACGAUUCGAAAAGCACUAGUAAAAACUUGGACUCGGUUCAGAAAUUACCUAAGGGGCACGAAAACAAGUCAGAGAAGCUUCAGCUGGCUGGGGCUGACGCAGCCAAGCUGAGAAAGGUCCCCACCGAGGCGUUGCCCGACCUCCCCUUGCCCGUGAUACAGGCCAAUUACCGUCCACUUCCUUCCCUCGACUUGAUAGCCUCCUUCCAACCAAAGCGAAAAGCCCUCUCAUCACCCCAGGAAGAGGAAGAAGCUGGAUUCACUGGGCGGAGAAUGAAUUCUAAGAUGCAGGUGUAUUCCGGUUCCAAGUGUGCCUACCUCCCCAAAAUGAUGACCUUGCACCAGCAGUGCAUCCGGGUACUUAAGAACAACAUCGACUCGAUCUUUGAAGUGGGAGGUGUCCCGUAUUCUCUUCUUGAACCCGUUUUGGAGAGGUGUACGCCUGAUCAGCUGUAUCGCAUUGAGGAAUACAAUCACGUAUUAAUUGAAGAAACAGAUCAAUUAUGGAAAAUUCAUUGUCACCGAGACUUUAAGGAAGAAAGGCCAGAGGAGUAUGAGUCAUGGCGGGAGAUGUACCUGCGGCUCCAGGAUGCCCGAGAGCAGCGGCUACGACUGCUGACGAAGAACAUCCGAUCCGCACACGCGAAUAAGCCCAAAGGCCGACAAGCAAAGAUGGCCUUUGUCAACUCUGUGGCCAAACCACCUCGCGAUGUUCGGAGACGGCAGGAGAAGUUUGGAACAGGGGGAGCGCUUGUGCCCGAGAAGAUCAAGAUUAAGCCAGCCCCGUACUCCACAGGAAGCAGCCACGCUCCCUUCAGCAGUGGCAGCAGCAACAGCUUUAACGCCAGCCCCGAGGAGCCAGCCUACGACGGCCCGAGCACCAGCAGUGCCCACUUGGCGCCUGUGGUCAGCAGCACCGUUUCCUAUGACCCUAGGAAACCGACUGUGAAGAGUGAGUAACUUGAGGUUCCUACUCAGAAAUUGCCCCAAUGAUGGCCAAGACGAUUAAAGCUUUCAAGAACAGAUUCUCCCGACGAUAAACCGAGGUCUUGCCUUGGAGAUGGAGUUUGGGUCGAGGAAUAUAAGGACAGCAGGGGCUGGGGAAUGGAACUUGCAGAGGAGACCAGCGUCUUUGCUGUGUGGAACCUCUUGGUCUCCAGAUCCCGUGCCGUUCGCAGGUGCCGCGCCUGCGCGCCCGUGCGCUGCGGCCACUGCCUCCCUGCCUGGAGAAUCCUUCAGAAUUCUGAAGAAGAUGUGAAGCCUCGGUCUCACUGAGGAUUUUAAGGUCAAUUAUACUUUUGUUGUUAAUUAGCUUCUUUGUAAACUAUAAGACAUAGUUUUAAUUAAUAAAUAUUGUCCCCAGAUUGUAUUUAUAUUACCCCCAGGGUUUUUUUGGUUUUUUUGUUUGAUUGUGUUUGGUCCUCUACCACACACUUAGCCUUUCAGGGCCCUUUAUUAAAGUUAGACAGAAGCCUAGUGAAAGCCAUUCCCCGGUCCCGGUUCAGCUCUCCUGAGUGGACUCCGGUCUAGAGGGAGGACUGGCGUCCCCAGAGCCUGCAUGGUGCCAGCUGCACGUGGGCCAAGGUGUGGGUCCUGGGCCGCCUGUCCUAGAGGGGAGCCUCGACGUGGAGACAGGAAGUGUUCAGGUUAGACCCUCACCCUGAGACCCUGCUCAGUGUUGCUUUGAGUUCCUAUGCAGGUGCAUCUCGUUCUUACUCAUCAAAUAGUAUUUAUUAAGGGAGGUUAUUUGUAAAGUUCUAGAGUCUUUCCCCCAUUCUUUUUGCCAGUUCCCACUGUUUUUUGAGGCUCACUAGAGGACACAGAACCUUGAGAGAUGGAUUUGCACAGAACCUCAGCAUUUCUGCCAUUUCUAAUUUCUGAUUCACAGCUUGAGGGCUUUUCUCCUCCCCUCUUUUUCCUUCUCCCCACUAGUGUGGGGAAAAAACACAAACACAUGGCAGGGCUCUUCGUAGCCCCCCAAAUACAACUUUGGAGUUUUCAAAGACAGCGCUUUCAUCUCUUGUUCCCUGUGACUUGCACUAGAAGUGGAUGGUUUUGAAAGGUGUGAUGCUGUGUUGGAAAUUGGCUUUGUUUUUGCCUUUCUUUAAAAAGUAAGAUCAUGUGAUUGGAAGAGCACAAUUUGCUUUGUUUUGUAGCAGACACUCUCACUACUUUUUGAGUGUUUAAGCCAGAAUUUGGAGGGAAGGGCCAACUGAGGGGAAGUGUGUGAGCUGUAGCAUCCGGAUGGGAGAGAACCACAAGGGCAUCCGUCAGGUUUGGGAGGACGGUGUCAUUGCCCUUCUUGGCUGUGGAAGAGCACUGAUCUAGCAGGAACCCACUUGAUUGUGACCCAGGUGGAAGCAGAUGCUAUAAAUUUGAGGCGCCCAUCCUUAAGAAACCUGACAAUUAGACUGAGGGCACGGUUAGUGUGACAGCCUGAGGAGCUUGGCAGUUAGUCCCCGCAAUAAGUUCGCUGAAAGCCAAGAAUCUGGAGCUCACUGUUUUCAAUCAUCCUGGAAACCUCGGUUAGGCCAACGGAAGAUUCCAGAGCAGCGCAGGAAAUCUGUACAGCAAAGGCUGCAUUGUUCAGUGUGCGUUGCUGCGCAGGUGCCUGUUGUGAUGGGACACAACUAUUGCUGUGUUUUAAUUUGCUGUAUUUUUGAAUUGGGUAAAGUAUUUCUCUUGGUUGUCGGUAUUACCAUUCCACCCCUACCCUGCUCCCCAAAUCUGAUACUGGGAAGCCUCCUCCCUGAAACCAAAUGAACCUCGGGCAGGUGCCAGACAUCGUUGCCUAGAUCAGCUCCCUCUAGGUGCCCAGCAUCUCGAAUUUGUCUCUUAGCUGUGUGUUCAAGUCUUUGUCAUUGAACCCAGUGUUUCCUCUUUUAGGUUCAGUUGUGUAUGACUUAAUUUCUUUUAUUAGGAGUCUUUAGGCCGGGAGGGAAGAAAGGACACGUAUUUGUUCAUCCCAACAUCACUACCCAUUUUUGGCACAUAAAGAUUUUUGAUCACCUCUGUUUGCAUAGUGCCACAUCUUUCCUGCCUUCUCCUCCAAGAGUGUCUGCAUCAGGGAUGCGACUUGGCGAGAAGAGUGAGGAGGGAAGAGGAAAAACUGAAUUUCUAAAGGCCCUCCUGCCCUGGGUUAUUGACAUGGCUGCAGAGCAGACACAGGAUGAUGUUGAACCUUUGGUCUCAUUUGUGAAAACUUGUGCAAUUUUUUUUUUUUCUGUGCUACACUACAUACAGAUCACCAAAUUACAAAUUAAUCCUUUGUGAUCCUUGGUGUAAUAAGCAGUUUCUUUGGGGCUUUCUCUUUCUUUCCGGGAAGUGGGAGGGAAAGGAGCAAGGUAUCAUCCUGCUCUUCAUUUGUAUUUUGGUCCCAAAAUGUAAAUACAAUUUUCUAUGUUACUUUUUUGUGGUAACUACCAAGAUGAAUAUUUUAAUUAGAUAAGUUAUAUGAAAAGGAAGGAAAAUUCCAUGUCUAAAUAAAAAACAAAAAACCCCA